AUGUCCACUGGCUACACCAUCCACGUCUCGGGCCUCGCCCCGGAGACCACCGAGGCCAAGCUCCACGACUUCUUCUCAUUCUGCGGCAAGCUCACCUCGGUCAAGAAGUUUGGCACUGAGGCCGACAUUACCUUUGAGAAGCAGAGCGCUAUGCGCACCUCGCUCAUGCUCAACGGCGGUACCCUUGACGGCGCUCACCUCGAGGUGACCACCCAGGCCCCUGCCGAGGACAAGGCUGUUCUCCCCACCGCCGAGUCGUCUGCCCCUGUUGAGCACCACAUCGAGCAGGAGGACAAGCCCAAGGCCGCUAUCGCCGCCGAGUACCUCGCCAACGGCUACCUCCUCGGCGACCACAUCAUCCAGAAGGCCAUUGACGUCGACAGCAAGCAGGGUAUCUCGAAGCGCUUCCUCUCGUUCCUUGACAACAUUGACAAGAAGGCCGGCGAGCGCUUUGUCGGCGAGAACAAGACCGUCUCGUCCAAGGCUCUGGAGCACGCCAACACCUUCGCCAGCAGGGCCCGCGAGGCCGACCAGCAGCGUGGUGUCAGCACCAAGUUCCACAGCUACUACUCGAAGGCUCUCUCCACCCCCCUUGGCCAGCAGGUUGCCAAGUUCUACCAGGACACCUCGAAGCAGGUUCUUGACGUCCACGAGGAGGCCAAGCGUAUUGCUAAGAAGUCGGCUAGCCAGGCUCCCACUCCCCCCAACGAGCCCGUUGACGCUGCUGCCCCCGCCGCUGCCGCCGCUGCUCCCUCGGCUGUCCCCGUUUCGGCCCCCGUCAACGCCGAGGUCGAGGCCAAGGAGGCUGCCCAGGCCGCCGCCGCUGCCGCUGCUGCCCCCGAGAAGUCGUCGUAA